ACGGAUUUCUAACUAAUUAUAAGGAAGGCCCGGAAUUUUCCCUUUAAUAUGAGCAAGCAAGAAAACUCCAGAGGAGCUGAAAGGGUCAUUGGAUAUACGUUUCGCAACCGUCGUAUCAUUAAGGACGCAUUGACACAAAAUGCGAACAAGCGCCUAGCUUUUCUCGGAGAUAAAGUGGUGGCAUUAAUGCUGAUCGACCACUGGUACCGCAGCAAUAGAAGCUGUAGUAUGAUAUGUUCCAGACCAAGCAGUAUUUUUGCUGAUGGUUCUUAGCGGAUGGAAGCUUUCGACUGCAGCAUUAUGGGAGCAAUAACGAAAUGGCUCGCCAGG